GGUAGGUGGAGCAUGGAACGCAACGGAGGAAAUCGUAACACCGAACAACGAUACAACUUACAACAUCGAGAAUUUGCAGCCGUUCACCGUCUACAGUUUUCGCGUGUCAGCGGUGAACGCCAUGGGAAGAAGCAAGCCCAGUGAAGAGACCUUCCACUCCGUCACUCUUCGAGAAUUGCCAUCAGGAAAACCUAUAAUUACUAGCGCUCAUAAUACAUCCGCCACAUCUAUAUAUUUGGCGUGGAAAGCGCCCAGCCCUGACACCAUUCACGGCGAAUUUCUUGGGUAUCGAAUCGGGUAUAAACCUCGAGACAAACCCUAUAUGGAAGAAAAAGAAGUAUAUAUACGCAAUCCAGCCAUUGACAAUCAUACAAUCCGCAAUCUGCAGACGUACACCCAAUACCUGGUGUCAUUACAGGUUUUCAACCCGGAAGGACAUGGUCCUGCAACCACCAUCUCUGUAAUGACCGACGAAGGAGUGCCAACGAAACCGUUAAACCUAUCGUCUCACGGCAUCACCUCCACCACCAUCGAAUUGUCCUGGGCCGAGCCUGACUACGCCAAUGGGAUCAUAUCCGGUUAUCGCAUUUACUACAUGCAUUCCAAUUACACCGACGUCAAAAUGUACAGAACGGAGUACGAUGGGCCAAUUAUCGAAUUCGUUUUAAAGGAAUUGGAACCGUACACCGAGUACGAGAUAUGGGUAAAAGCUUACACGUGGAAGAACGAGGGCGAGCCUUCGGAGCACAUCAUUCGUCGGACAGAUAUUUCAGGGCCGAGCGCUCCGUUGAUCUUGAACGUCACUUGCCCGACCCACGACUCCGUCUACAUCCAAUGGGCCAGGCCGAACAUCUUCUGGGGCUCGAUCGACUACUACUUCAUCAAUUAUCGGAUCGAGAAUGACAAUCGUUACGAAGAGAUCGAAAUGAUGACGGAGAAAAAUUAUCUCGAGAACGCGAUGAUCAUACCCAACCUGACGAUGAACAGCGUAUACGAGAUCGUGGUACGCGGAGGCACGCGGAGCGCUAUCGACAAUCGGCUGAUUAUACGCGGAGAAGGCUCUGCUCCACAGAAGGUGCGCGGUAUUCGCGAUUGCAACAGGGCACCACCGUUAUUGCCACACACCACCAUAUGGUUCAGCAGCGGAGUGAUCGCCGGGAUGAUCUGCGCUUGUCUCGCGGUGAUGCUGAUGAUCACCUCCUUCGUACUGUGGAAGCCUUGCCUGAGGCCAAUUUUCAGGAAAUGCUUCCACACCGCGUACUACUUCCUCGAUUAUCCGCCUCGCAACGUGCCCACGCUUCAGGAAUGGGAGAACAGCGAGCAGGACGGCGAGCGUACCGCGGUCGCCAUUCAGAAGUUCGUGCAACACGUCGCGAGCCUGCACGCGGACGGGGACAUUGGAUUCAGCAAGGAAUACGAGUUCAUUCAAUCGGAGAGCGGCAAAUUCACAGCGGAGAAUUCCCAAUACGUGGAGAACAAAGCGAAGAACCGAUACUUGAACAUAUUAGCCUAUGAUCACACGCGAGUUCAGUUGUUGUCGUGUGGCGGAGGGCCGCCGAAGAAGGGUCACGAUUACGUGAACGCGAAUUACAUAGAUGGUUGGCAACGUACUCGCGCGUACAUCGGUACGCAGGGUCCGUUGCCACCAACUUUCGAUGGAUUCUGGCGGAUGGUGUGGGAGCAGAGAGUAUCGAUCAUCGUUAUGAUUACGAAUCUCGUUGAACGUGGCCGCAAAAAAUGUGAUAUGUACUGGCCUAAGAAGGGGUCCGAGACGUACGGGUGUAUUCAAGUGACUCUACUGAGGGAGGACGUUAUGGCUACGUAUACCAUUCGUACUCUUCAAAUUCGUCACAUGAAGGUGAAGAAAAGGAAGAAUGGAGUUAACAUGGGAGAACGUAUCAUUUGGCAAUACCAUUACACCGGAUGGCCUGAUCACGGGGUGCCUGAACAUCCGUUACCCGUUUUGAGCUUCAUCCGGAAAUCUUCCAAUGCCAAUCCCCCGGAUGCGGGGCCUAUCGUCGUUCAUUGCAGCGCUGGCGUUGGACGUACGGGUACAUACAUUGUUAUCGAUGCCAUGCUGAAGCAGGCUAAGUGCAAGAACGAAGUGAACGUGUUUGGAUUUCUAAAGCACAUUCGCACACAGAGAAACUUCUUGGUUCAGACCGAGGAACAAUAUGUGUUCAUUCAUCACGCUUUGCAAGAGGCUAUUGAAAGCGGUGAAACCAAUAUCGAGGAAAACAAUUUAUUAGAAUAUGUGCAAGACAUGUUGAGUCCUAACAACACCAAUACCGAUGCGUGGAACAACCUUGAAGCUCAAUACAAGCUGGUGACUUCGUGGAAACCGAAAGAAUUCAAUCUCGUAUCCGCGAUCAAACCGUGCAAUCUUCACAAAAAUCGGAAUCAAGACGUGAUUUCGAUCGAAACGGCUCGCGUUCACUUGACGCCGAAGCCCGGGAUCGAUGGGAGCGAUUACAUCAACGCUACAUGGAUCGCUGGCUUCCAUCGGAAUCGCGAGUUCAUCAUCAGCCAACACCCAAUGGAAAACACAAUCAUGGAAUUCUGGCAGAUGAUGUGGGAUUACAACGCGCAAACUGUAGUCAUGUUAACCGAGUGCGACGAGGAGUAUCCGGAAUUUUGGCCUACCGAGGGAAAAGAUUUAGAGUCGGAGACAUUUCGCGUUCGAUCGUGCGGAAUCAAGGAGACCGCGAGUGGGAUGAUCCUGCGCGAAGUGGCGGUCCGAUCUCUGCAAGACGAUUACGAAUUGAGUGCCAAAAUCGUGCAAGGGCCGCGAUCUCAGCCAGGCUUCUGGCCCCACAACGCUAACCCGCGACCCCUCGUAACCUUGAUCCACGAUCUACAUCGGGAUUACCAGAACGGCCCUAUUGUCGUAAUGGAUAGGUUCGGUGGCGUCGAGGCUGCAAUCUUCAUUUUGCUCACGACACUGAACAAGCAAUUGGAGUUCGAGAAGAGCGCCGAUAUUUAUAUGUUCGCGAAAUUGUUGUACAUGAAACGACCCGGAGUCUUUCGAUCAAAGGAGGAUUACGCGUUGUUGUAUCAAUGUCUGGAGACUAUGCUGUCGUCGAAAAGUCACGACGAGCCGGAUCUGUACUCGAUGGCGAACGGCCACGUGUCCACGAUAACGGAUCAGGCGGACGUGGCCACCUCGUCGAUGCAACACAUGCAGAUGGAUUAUUCACCGAAAUCGACGAUGAUCAGGGAAUACGCGACGGUGGAGGUGAACUCUAUGUCCGACUAUUCUAUCCCGAUUCGAGUGGACCACUCGAUGGAACCGUGCAGCAGCAGAAGCAGCGAUAGCUGUAUGUUCACGCAUACGGGGAACGAGCACGAGAAAAACAUCGUGAUGACCCAUCGGAACGUAAGCUAUCACAACCAUCCGGGCAGUGUAUCGGUUAUCGUUGACGCGAACGGUUACGUGACGAACGGCAGCAUGCGUAUGAGACCAGAGGGUAUGGAGUCGAGCUGUAAGAUGUUACCUCAAUGAUGCCUGCCGAUCUUCGGUUGCAGUGUUUCCUCGAACCGGUCUGACCCGCUGUAACCGAUCGAGCUCCUCACUGCCCGAAGUGUAAUCCUGAUUCUGCCACAGCGCAAGGAGUUCCAAAUUGGACACGUCUUCGCACAAACGGAAUAACGGCUAUUCGAUCGUGGGAUCAGCCUAAAGGGGAUUCUCUCUACAGUUGUACUGUAAAUAAUAAAUCGUUAUUUAGAUAUAGGAUAGAGUGUACGCGUACGCUCUCGAGGAUGUCGGCGAGGAUGUGCGCGUACACGUAAAAUAUAAAGAAGAAGUAACGAGGGUUGCCCGUUUCUCGGUGUCGUUGGGUGCCAAAAAUCAUUUUUGUUAACGCACGCCACCAUGGACACCCUCGUUCAACCUCGUUCGUCAUCAAGUGUGAGUGUACACUUCUCUUCGUUUUUUUUUUUUUUUGUUUUUGUAUAUACUUACCCCGACACACAUACACACACAUACACACACACACCGUUCGCUCGCAUACGUGCACAUUUACAUAAUUCAUUUAUUCGCACACUUGGACGGCGAUCAUACAUCGCGUAUAAAUACGCGUGUAUUAAUUUAAAUUUACACGCGUAAUAUGCGUACUAAUACGCGAGUUGGAUCAUUCGACCACUUCUUUACCAAAGAAUCGUUUAUACUCGUUAUUCUCGUUUCGUUUUAAGUCCUUUCCUAAAGCGGUUUCAUCGCUUUAGCCGCAAGAUCGAGCGAUCGAACGCCGACAGUCGUGCACGUUUUUUAUUUUUGCCAUCGUC